GUGCCAAUAAAGGAAUAAACAGAGUGCAGCAUGCCGGAGGACUGGGUGAGUGAGGCUUAUGUGAGGAAAUGACACCCUGCCACGAAGAUUCAAAUCCUCCCUUGGCACCACAGAUCUUAACUUCAGCUCCAUAGUCUCUCCUGCUUUCAUUCCCUCUCACCCUGCUUCAGUCCCUAGAGCUUUUCAGUUCCUUCUAUAGGAGUGGCUUGGUCCCGGUUUACCCACCCUUCCCCAACCCCUCCACUCACCUCCCCAACACCUCCACCCUGUGUCCCUCUCAGGGCUGGGACUUCUUUGUGUAGCCACGCCUAGACACUUGAGUAGUCCAAUAGCUGCCUCACGGGGGUGGAGAAGUAGGCAAAGCUUGAAAGAAAAGGAGAAUGAGUUCUGGCUGUUUUUGCUACACGUGGAUGUGAAAUGAAUCAGAGCAGAGCUUUGACUGCAACGGAUUUCAUCUAUUGAGUGUGGUAUGCAGGCUGGGGGCUAAGAGGUGCGGGAUUGGUGGGAUGUCUGGCCUGUGCUGAGGUACAUUUGUCCAGGAAUUCCUUUGCUGGAGCAACAUACAUCCAUUUAUAGGCCUUCCCAUCAUGGAUUGCCAAGAAAAUGAAUACUGGGAUGAAUGGGGACGGUGUGUUACUUGCCAAUUGUGUGGGCCUGGACAAGAGCUCUCCAAGGAUUGUGGUUAUGGAGAAGGUGGAGAUGCAUACUGCACAGUCUGCCCUCCCCGCAGAUACAAAAGCAGCUGGGGCCACCAUAGAUGUCAGACUUGUAUCACCUGUGCUGUCAUUAAUCGUAUCCAGAAGGCCAACUGUACGGCUACCUCUAAUGCUGUCUGUGGGGACUGUCUGCCCAGAUUCUACCAAAAGACACGUAUUGGAGGCCUGCAGGAUCAAGAGUGUAUCCCGUGCACAAAGCAGACCCCCACCUCUGAGGUUCAGUGUGCCUUCCAGUUGAGCUUAGUGAAGGCAGAUGUACCCACAGUGUCCCCUCAGGAGGCCACACUUGUUGCACUGGUGAGCAGUCUGCUCAUGGUGUUUACCCUGGCCUUCCUGGGGCUCUUCUUCCUCUACUGCAAGCAAUUCUUCAACAGACAUUGCCAGCGUGUUUCAGGAGGUUCGCUGCAGUAUGAGGCUGACGAAGCAGCAGAGGAGGAAUCUCUCUUCCCCGUGCUACCUGGCCAGGAGACUAGUCCUGAGUCCCCACUGAGUGAAAACAUCUUUGAGACCAAGCCACUUAACCCCAUCCUGGAAGAUGACUGCAGCUUGACUCAUGGCUUCCCCACACAGGAAUCUUUUAUCUUGGCCUCCUGUGCCUCAGAGAGCCAUUCCCACUGGGUGCAUACUCCCAUCGAAUGCACAGAGCUGGACCUGCGAAAAUUUUCCAGCUCUGCUUCCUAUACUGGAGCUGAGACCUUGGGGGUGAACACAGCUGAAAACUCUGGAGACAGGCUGGAGCUCACUGUGUCCUUUGAAGUCCCCAGCCCUUAACUCUACUGAGGUCUCUUGGGCUCCUAGCAGUCCAGUCAUUCUCCUCGGACUCUCCUGACUUGUUCCAAUACCACAACAGCAGCAGGGGUGUGGGAUGUGGUAUCCACAACAGCCUAUAAUCUACGGAUGGGACACAUCCUAUCCCAUCCUACUAGAGGAUUGAUUCUUCACCACUUUCUGAAGACUGAGCAGCAGCAUUUCUUGCUUUCCUAUUCUAGCUAGCUGGGAAAGCCAGCUUCCCCAGCCAUGGAACUACUAGACAUGUUCAUAGCUCAGCUUUAUUAUAGAGAAGAGGGAGGAGGACAAUAGUGAAUGUGGCAGAGUUUUACUGCCUGCAUCUUUGGACAGAUGAACCUGAAGAAAGAGCCUCUCAGUACUCUGUUGAUACACCUAUCUAGCACUUUAGGGACAAAAUCAAAGUCUUCCCACUUUAAGUCCUCUGUACAGACACACCUCCCCAGUACACACACACACACACAC